CUUUCUUCACUUCCUCGUUCCUUGCUCCCCUGCGCUACCCCUUCAGUCCCCCGCACUCUUCCUGACCUUGCCACCACAUUCAUUUCCACAUACCCCCAUUGAGUGACUAGUUUUCCUCGCCGAGCACAUCGUUCCUCUAUCCAUCGCCAAAUGCACCAUGGAGACUGCCGAGCAUUCGACCCGUCCACCGCCACUGCCUGCAAAGCUGCGCUGGCGUCCUUACAGCAACGGGACCACGAUCAAGCCGAAAAAGCACCAGCAGCAGGAGCAGCAGCAGGAGCAGCAGCAGCAUGAACGUUCUGUCCGCGACCUAAACCCAAAGGCAUUGGCACACAAUCUGCGACGCAGCCCCCCUCAUACCCCAAAAGCCCAUCCAGCCCCCGUGGCUGUACAGCUGCAGUGGGAAGAGGCAGAGACGAUCGAUUCCAUGAGCCAUGGCGGACACCCGCACAACCAACUCCAUCACCACUACCAUCCUUCUUACCAGAGGAGCCACACCCCAUCUGAUACAGAGACAGACUCGACAGCCAGCUCUUUACGGCGUGCAGGAUCUUCAUUGCCCUCGCCACCACCAUCACAGUCGCCGAUAUCUAGGCUGGCCCUGCUAGAAGGAGACUCUGAUUUCGGUCAAUACAAAGCCUCGGUACCUGCGCUGACAGGAUACGACUUUUCGCAGCACGGAAUCGCCUUGCCUAAAAUCGAAAACAACACUGUGUAUCAGGUGGCCUUAAAUACACUGCUUGAAAAUCACCGCAAAAAUCAGCUUCUGGAUGCUCAGGCACCGUCGCUGGCUCUUACAAGCGUGCCAGCGCCGGUAUCCUUGACAAGCCCACCUAUGACACUCUCGGAUACGACCCUCAAUUACUCAAUGUCUCCACUAUUCAGCGGUGUCGGUAACAACUCGCAGCGAAAGCUCUCCACAUCAGAGCUGCUCGGCAUCUCGAAUAUUGACGAUCUAUUGAUCUCUUGUGGAUAUAUGGAUGUGACUGAUAGCAGCACAACGUUAUCAACAGCCGCGAACACACUUGUGUCACCGGCGACCACGAAUAAGUCUCUUCAUUCCUCACCUGUCAAUGCAGCGGUGGACUUUUCCGCCUCUGACCCCUCGUCUUCCGCCUUAGACUUGGCAGCUUCAUAUUUUGACAUGCUGGUAGCUCAAACGCCAGUUCUGCUUGCAGAAGGCGAUAGUAAGCAGCUCCUAUUGCAACAACAACAUCGAUAUCAACAACAACAACAGCAAUCCCAGGCUUCAUCCCCGACACUUACGAUGGCUGCCAGUAUUACCGACUCGUUUACGGGAAUCUUCCACGAUCUUGCCUCUCCAUUCACGCGCCUCAUUUCGCAGGAGGAUACAGGGGUUGGUGGCAACAACCCCUCUACAUGGAGCUCCCUGUUUCCAAAAUCUAGUGAAGAUGGUUAUUCAUCAAAUGAUAGCGCCCCACGUGUCGAUAUGGCCACUCAAACGGACCUUCCUUACGGACCGGAGCAAUUGUCCUCGUCACCGUCCUCGGGAAUCUCGGCCCAAAGCCCGUCCCUGGCGCAUGUUGGACUUGUUCAAGACGAUAUGGAUUCAGAAUGGCUCGCUUUCCUAGACGAGGCCUCGCCACUCGUCAGUGGAGUGAAUGGGCGGACCAACGUCUCGACCGAAAAGAACUCUGCAGCGGCCUCGGAGGCUACUUCAAGGUUGACUGAUCAGGCAGCAUUCACACCUCAGCCGAAAAGCUCUAAUUUGCAGGACAAGGGGCUUCGAAACUGGGCUGGGGACUAUUUUACAUCGGCAGCCAUGGCUCCCACGGGCCACCGUGGAUUAUCAGCGAGUGGGCCUAUAAGCUCUCUGGGUGGUGGUUCAGGAGGAAGUUUGAUCCGGACCCUACAGGGCAAUCAUCAGCAGCGAUCCAACUAUCAUACCAAAACUUCUCCAGCGCGAGGAACGUUUGCUUCUGGAAGCUCCAUACUACCCAAGAACAGUUCGACUUUGGUUCCAGUUUCUCCGAACAAAGUCUCCAAGGCGAAGCCGAAGCAGUCUGAAGAACCAGUACAGCCGAUAUCACAAUCGUCAACACCCAAAGUUGCAGCAAGGCCAAACAAAGCGGAGACUAAAGGCAAGCAGGAAACGAAGGACAUGGGUGGACUCUUGGCCAUGUUUCGAGGCCUUUGGAGGGGCGACAAUCGUGGGCAGUAAACAGUUUAGCUAGCUCAAAUAAUCUGUAUAUAAAAAC